AUGACCAACCCCACCGGCUUCGACAUUAACGAAUUCAAGGCCGCGGCCUCCCCUCGCUCGGUCUACGCCAAGAGAGAUCCCUGGGCCCGAUAUGAAGCAUGGAGAUACACCGGCCCCUUCAGCCGCUUCAACCGCUUCAAGCGUAUCUUCCCGGGCUUCGGUAUCGCCAGCGUCGCCUUCGCCGGUUACUGCGCAUACGAGCACUUCUUCCUCAAGGACGAGCACCACCACGGUGAGGGACACCACUAA